AUGGAUGCUUGGAGUGAUGAUGGUGAUGAUGAAGAGGAUGGUAGUCGCAGCAGUGCUCUUCAAGGACCGAUUAAGUCCAAGAAUGAACUUGGGGAUCUCCCUGCAGUUCCUCCAGUGAAUAUCACCUUACAGCCAUAUCAUCAGACUCUUCCCGUUGGAGUUGUUCUGUCGAUCAUGGGUGCCCAAGUCAUUGUAGAGGGGAUGGAGAAGCACGACCCUCUUAAUGAGGGUUCUAUUCUUUGGAUUACAGAAAGCAGAUCCCCACUAGGGCUAGUAGAUGAAAUCUUUGGACCUGUCAAGAAUCCUUACUACAUGAUAAGAUACAAUUCAGACAGUGAGGUGCCUGCUGGGAUCCAACAAGGAACUUUGAUCUCAUUUGUUCCAGAAUUUGCAAAUCAUGUCCUCAAUGACCUCAAUCUUUACAAGAAGGGAUAUGAUGCAUCCGGUGAAAAUGAUGAAGAGGUGUUUGAUGAGGUUGAAUUUUCAGAUGAUGAGAAGGAGGCUGAAUACAAAAGGAUGCUAAAAAUGACAAAAAGAGGAACGAAUGACCAGAAAUCUGGAAACAGGACAAAGGAUAAGAAGAAGUUUAAAAACCGUGGUGGUAACUGGAAAAAUGAUCAAAUUUCAAUGACAGAGGCACCAGCAGGUGUGGGUCAGCCAUUGACUGAUCAGAACCAGCUUUUCAUCCCGCCUGUCUCUGCAUUACUGGGUCAGGACAAUUGUCUGCGCUCCUCUGAAUCAGUCCAAAGUUUUGCUGGUGGGUCUAGCUUCCUUCCAACAUUUCCACAGGUUUCACAGGCCCCUGGUUUGAAUGCACCUUCUAAUGGAGUGUGGGCAAAUACAAUCUCAUGUCAGCAGCCACGGAAUAUGAGAUUUCCUAGUAGCUUUUCAACAAAUGGUAUGGCGUGGCAACAACAGAAUCAUCCUCAUCAAUGCCAGAUGCUUUUGCCUAAUGUGGCACCAUUUCAGCAGGAUAAUAGUCAUAUGUUGCCUUCUAAUUUUGUUUUACCAGGUGGGCAAACAAAUUUUGUCAGGGCACCACCAUUCUCCCCUUGGCCAGCAAGCUUGGGUCAACAUGGCUUCAACCAACCACCAUCUGGCGUGGGUUUGACAGGUCGACAUGCUUUCCAACCCAUUAAUGUGGGAGCAAAAGUUCCAUAUAAUGGCUCACAAAUUCAACACAAUUAUGAUUUGCAGCCAUCAUCUUUUAUAUCCGGCAACAAUGAAACUUCUCAGGGAUUUAGUCAGGGUGUUAAUUCCUGUUGUGGCAGGAAACCAAACCGCAGGGGUUGUGGUCGUUUCGGCAGUGGGAGAGGCAGCAUAGCUGUGCAUAAACUUGUGAUAUCCUCUGAGCAGGGCCUUGCUAAAUUGGCUUCUUUAUGCUUGUACUUCUUAAAG